AUGCCCUCACAGGAUGUAACAGGGUGGCAGAUCCAGACGCUUCAAGCCAACCCACAAGCCCUGGAAGAAGCCAAGGGGGAUUGGCAAGCAAGAACAGAAUCUAGACCCUGUUUGGGGGACUCUUGCUCAUCAGAAGACCUAGCUGGGGAAGCCACAUGGAUCCAGGAGGCCCUGACAGCAGUAUUAAAUCGACAUGCAAAACAGCUACGGGUGACUCCACUAUCAAAACGCUGGUGGGGAACGGAGAUUAAAGAGGCCCGUAGGACCUACAGUCAGGCAAGACGGGCAUGGCAGGGUCAAGAGAUCUCUACAACAGAAUUGAGAGAAGUCCGAAAUAACUACUAUCGAGCCAUCCGACGAGCGAAACGCACCUGCUGGGAAACCUUCCUGGAAGGGACAGCUACCCACCCUGGCUCUGUGGACACUGUGAGAUGCUGGCAAGCUCUGAAAUACACAAAGCCCAGAACAGCUACAACUACGCCAACCCUGCAUGGACCCCAGGGGCAGCUAGCCAGCUCCCUUGAGGAAAAGGAGGCCCUAAUUCGGGAAACAGCCUUCCCCCAGGUACCAGGAGAUAGCCAGGAAGUUGAGAUCUCCCAAGGGUCCUGGCAUAGUCAGGUGGAUGAAGGAAUAGUGAGACAUGCUCUGUUUUACCAGGCAGUACAGAAGGCUCCAGGAAUCGAUCGUUUGAAUUUUCGAGCCCUCCGGCUCUUUGUUACAGAUCUCACUGCAUUAACCUCACGUGAUAAUGCGGGGAGUUGA